CUUCCUAUCCCAGAUACAAAGCUGAUACUUUCUCAACGCGUAAACCCUCCCUUCACCAAAACCAAACCUCCCAACCACGACCUUCACCACCACCACAUGAUCCUCUUCCUCUUAUAACCACCAUGUCCUCAGGCUUUGUAUCCUCGUCAAAGGGGAGUGCGACGUCGAGUAAUAAUGUGCCAUUAGGCUCCUCUUCUUCGUCGUCGGCCUCGUCACAGAGUAAUCCGCGGGCGGGCUUGGUGCCCCGGCAGAAACCGCCAGAGGAGAACGCAGACGAUCGGUCACUUUAUGAGAUUCUGCAAGCAAAUAAAGAGCGCAAGCAAGCAGAAUUCGAAGCCGCGGCCGCGGAGCGCAACCAGAUCCACAGACUGGACGAGGACGAGAUCGAGUUUCUGCAGUCCGUGGCCGAGAAGGAGCGGCGGAAGGAGGAGAUGCUUAAGAGUGAUGUCGAUCGGCAGCUGCGUGAGUUUCGGGAACGGCAGCGGGCGAAGGCGAGUAGUGGUGGGAGUGGGAGAGGGAGUGGGAGUGGGAGUGGGAGUGGGAAGGGAGGUGCGAAGAAGGGGAUUGAGAAGGAGGUGGAGGCGGAGAUGAAAGUAGGUGAGGAUGCGGACGAGGAGAAGAAAGUGCAGUCUACAGGCAACCCGCAUCUUGACGCGUUAGCAGCCGUGGGAGUCGACAUCUCCGCCUUUCAGAAAAAAUUCGUCUCCUCCUCCUCCUGCCCAUCUUCCUCUUCACAAAAAGCCACAACCACAUCCACACCCACCGAGGACACCCCCAAAAAACGCACACUGGAACCCGAAGACUCCGCCGCAGACGCGAAAAGCACGUCGACGCAGCAGCCGCCUGCGAAGAAGCAUGCGUCCGCGAUCGAUAAGUUGCUCGCGAGGAAGAAGAGCGGGACGGGGAAGUUGGCAAAGUUGGGCGGCGUGGUGGUGAAGAAGAAGAGCUCAUGACUUGGGUUGGGUUUGGAUGAUAUUGCAGGACUUGGAUGCGUUAUAUGGCAGGUGUAUUGAAGACUGCACUGCACGUAUACCUGCAACCCUCACUCUUCAUACUGGACGCAAAGAACCACGUUUUCGACAGAGUGCUGGUCUAGUACUAGACUACAGCCAUACUCGCGUACGGUACUACAGCGAUCGAAUGUACACGGCUCCAAGAGUGGGUGCAUUUUGGCUACGGUG